UUAUCUUGAAGAAACCUAUUAAGAAGGAGAAGAGUCCUUACUGAUUAAAUUCUUGAACUGGCAUAGCUGUUCUUCCUUUCUUGCUUGUUUGAGGAUUUAUGUGCUGAGGUCUGUGUCAGGUCGAAGAAACAAUGGCGACAGAAACGACUGAUCAGGAGCGACCCAGUCUUUCCUUCCUUGGCAAGGGGGAAAAAUCUUCUGGGGAGAUUGACCCUGAAAGACAGCCUCUUGCUGAGGGGAAUCGUCAGGCCAAAAGUUAUUCUCUUCUUGCCGCUGUAGUACCGUUUUUAUUCCCUGCUUUUGGAGGAGUACUUUAUGGUUACGAUAUUGGGGCCACAUCUGGUGCUACAAUUUCUUUAGAGUCAUCCACAUUGAGCGGAACCACAUGGUACAACCUAUCUUCAGUCGAAGUUGGGCUUGUUGUCAGUGGUUCACUAUAUGGGGCCUUGAUUGGAUCUCUUUUGGCUUUUACUGUUGCUGACUUUUUAGGAAGACGGCGUGAGUUGAUUCUGUCCUCUUUGCUGUAUCUUGUUGGAGCUCUAAUAACAGUUUUGGCACCGGACUUUCUUGUCCUGGUGAUUGGACGCUUUGUAUUUGGUAUUGGAAUUGGACUGGCAAUGCAUGCUGCUCCAAUGUACAUUGCUGAGACUGCUCCGACUCAAAUACGAGGUCAACUGAUUUCCUUGAAAGAGUUCUUCAUUGUUAUUGGAAUGCUUUUAGGUUAUGGAAUUGGCAGUCUUGAAAUUGAUAUACUAGCAGGAUGGCGCUACAUGUAUGGAACUAGCAUCCCUCUAUCACUCAUUAUGGGAAUCGGAAUGUGGUGGCUACCAUCAUCACCUCGAUGGCUUCUGUUACGCGCAAUACAGGGGAAAGGAAAUAUGCAGGAUUUAAGAGAAAAUGCAAUUCUUUGUUUGUGCCGGUUGAGGGGUUCAUCCAUUGGUGAUUCAGCUCCAGAACAAGUAGAUGAGAUUCUGACUGAGCUUUCCUAUGGUGAACCAGAAAAAGAAGCUACACUGGGGGAGAUUUUCCAAGGGAAAUGCUUGAAGGCCCUUAUCAUUGGUGCAGGACUAGUCCUUUUUCAGCAGAUCACGGGCCAACCAAGUGUACUGUACUAUGCUGCAACCAUUCUUCAGAGUGCAGGCUUUUCUGCAGCAUCUGAUGCUACCCGGGUGUCUGUUCUUCUUGGUGUGCUAAAGUUAAUUACGACUGGAGUAGCGGUUUUUGCAGUUGAUAGAAUUGGCAGAAGACCUUUACUACUUGUAGGCGUCAGUGGUAUUGUAAUCUCUUUGUUCCUAUUGGCUUCAUAUUACCUUUUCUUAGAUGAUGCACCAGCUGUGGCUGUAGUUGGACUACUGUUGUAUGUUGGGUGUUAUCAGCUAUCGUUUGGACCAAUUGGUUGGCUGAUGAUCUCUGAGAUUUUCCCAUUACGUGUUAGAGGGAGAGGUUUAAGUGUUGCAGUGCUUGUCAACUUUGCAUCAAAUGCUCUGGUGACAUUUGCUUUCUCCCCGUUAAAGUCAUUGGUCGGAACUGGAUUUGUGUUUGUUAUAUUUGGGGUGAUAGCAAUAUUUUCGCUUGUCUUCAUAUUCUUCAUCAUACCAGAAACGAAGGGGCUCAGUCUCGAGGAAAUUGAGGCCAAAAUCCUUUAGCACUCUGUUAUUUUCUUUUUCCUGUACUAAUUGUUACUGAAUCAGAGGCUACAUUAAAUAGUAAAUAGAAACAGAUCCAAGAGAAG